UUGUCUAAUGAAGUGUUUCGUGUCUGGGUGUGACACAGACGAUAAUGUCGUCAGUUAUACAUCUGUGUUUUAUGUGAACUGCCCUACCGAUUCAACCAUACAGCAGCAAUGGUUCACCCUGCUGGAGGUGACCGAUCCCGAUGCCAUGCGUGCGCUGGUAGACGGACGAUCGAAAGUGUGCAGCUGCCACUUUACGGAGGACUGCUUCGGGCAUCAUCCGGUGUACGGGUAUCGCUAUUACUCGCCACGAGGAACCGAACGGAAACGAACUGGAAUUCCGGAACAGCGCAACCGCGACAACACUGAUGCAGAUCAGGAAAAGAGUUUACAUGAUCUGAACGAGAAUUUACAGCAGCUGGACAAGUUCGUUAGCCAGCAAGAUGUAGGAGAUGCGGACGAGUAUGACGAGUACGAGAUGGAUGUAAGCGACCAAGAAACAGAACGGUUUGCCGGCAAGCAAGUGCACUUAGGGACGGUGGAAGAGAGAUCGAAUACAGAUGUGAUCGAGGUAAAGGACGAUACGGAAGUCGAUGUUGUGAAGGAAGAGUAUGAAGUUACAUCGUCCAAGGAUACGGCCAGCGACUCGGAAACGGAUUAUGGGCCGAUCGAGGCACUGGAGGAGGUGUCGGUGUGUGGUGAUAAAGUUCGGGUUCGCGACGAGAACGAAGGCCUAAACCGAUUCUUUUGCGAAUAUUGUGGGCGAGGAUUUCGAUUUAAAAGCUUGAAGGAUCGUCACACCCUGGUACACACGAAGAUGAAAAAGUUUUGCUGCGAAGUGUGCGGAAGAGGCUUUACGCAAAAGAUUAACCUAACCAUCCACCUGCGCACGCACACGGGCGAAAGUGGGAACAAAAAGUUCACCUGCCAGAUCUGCGAGAAGAAGUGCAUCCGGAUGAGCGAGCUCGAGGCGCACAUGACCGCCCAUCUGCGCAAGUUCCCGCACGUGUGUCCGCUCUGCCAGGAGCGGUACUCGGACGCGACCGGGCUGUACGACCACUUCCAGGUGGAGCACCGGAGCGAGAUGACGCUGCGCGAGCUGAUCGAUCUGCUGUCCGAGAACGAGAACGCAAUCGUCAUCUCGGACAAGGAGGCACCGUCCAAACAUUCGGCGGGACGAUGGAUCGUUCGAGUGUCCCGUGUGCAGCAAGACGUACCGCAUGGAGGCCAACCUCGAGCGGCACAAGCCCUGCUGCACAAGCAUCUGCCCUCGCACACGCUCGAGAAGCCGUACCAGUGUCCGCACUGUGCGCUUUCCUACACGCAGCGCGUCAACCUGCGGGUGCACAUGGAGCGCAAGCACGCGCAGCAGCUGAAGCAGCCGAAGAAGGAACCGAUGGCCGCCAGCGAGCCGUCCUUUGUUGUCGCGACGCUCAACGCUGACGGUGACGUUGUGGAGAGCAUUGAGACUGCGGCACGGAUCACCGGGCCGCGAACACACGACUGUGGGGAGUGUGGGAAAAAGUUCCCCCGCAGGGCGUCGCUGUUGCAGCAUGUUGCGGCCACAAAAAGGUGCACAACCCGACCACGUUUGACUGUGAGGUGUGCGGUAUUUCCCUGGCCGCUCGCGUAG